AUGCCUCUAGUAACCCCAGCACAACUCAUAAAACUUCAGUCUUGUCCCGAAAAUAUACGCAACAUUUGCAUUCUCGCCCAUGUGGAUCACGGAAAAACGACACUGUCCGACUCUCUUCUUGCCUCCAAUGGCAUUAUUUCGAGCAAGCUUGCCGGAAAAGUCAGAUAUCUUGACAGCCGUGAAGACGAGCAAGAAAGAGGAAUUACUAUGGAAGCUAGUGGCAUUUCAUUGUACUUCCAAGUGUUACGUAAAACGGAAGAAGUGGGCGCAGAAACUGUCACAAAUUCUCAUGAAUAUCUUAUAAAUCUUAUUGAUUCUCCUGGACAUAUUGAUUUUUCCAGUGAGGUGUCGACAGCAUCAAGAUUAUGUGAUGGCGCAUUAAUUCUUGUGGAUGCUGUUGAAGGCGUCUGUUCACAGACUCAUACUGUGCUUCGUCAAGCUUGGGUUGAGAAUGUUAAACCUGUGCUUGUCUUAAAUAAAAUUGACCGUCUAAUUACUGAACUUAAAUUGACGCCUCUGGAAGCAUACAUUCAUCUUAACAAAAUACUUGAACAAGUAAAUGCUAUCGUGGGCACCUUCUUUGCAGGCGAUGUACUUGAAGAAGAGACGAGACGGCAUGAUGCUGAAAAGGAAAGGAUAUUACGUGAAGGGAAUACUUCCGAAAUAGAAAUGAGCAUAACAGAAAUGUCAUUAGAAGAGCGUGACGACUCCAAUAUAUACUUUACACCCGAAUCCGGAAACGUAAUCUUUUCAAGCGCCAUAGAUGGCUGGGCAUUCAGAGUAGAACAAUUUGCAGAGAUUUACGCUUCUAAACUUAAUAUUAAGAUGAAUUUGCUUCGAAAAAUUCUUUGGGGCGAUUAUUACCUUGACCCAAAGACGAAACGUAUUCUGCAGAAUAAACAUUUGAAAGGUCGUCAUUUGAAACCGAUGUUUGUUCAGUUUGUGCUUGACAAUAUAUGGGCUAUUUAUGAUGCUGUCAUUUUGAACAACAAUCGAGAAAAAAUUGAAAAGAUUGUAAAGACACUGAAUCUCAAGGUUCUUCCAAGAGACAUGCGAUCUAAAGAUACAAGAGCUUUAUUGACCUCAAUGUUUUCUCAAUGGUUGCCACUCUCUAACGCGCCUAGACGUCUUCCGCGGAUGCUUUAUCCCCAUUCUAAUUCUCCGGAGAAGUCUAAAGAUGAUAUAGAGCAUGCAAUAUAUACAUGCGAUUCUAGUGAUACAGCACCCAUCAUUGCUUAUGUUUCGAAGAUGUUUGCUGUGCCCUUUGAAUUACUGCCCGAAAAUAAAAGAAAACAAUUCACUGCAGAAGAAUUAAGAGAAAGAAGAGCGCAGAGAAAUGCUCAAAAAGAAAUAAAGACUUCUACCGAACUAUCAACGAAUCAUGAGCUUCACGAAAGCGUAGAAAAUGAACAAUCAAAAUCAGAAGCAACCAACGAGACAUUUAUUGGCUUUGCACGUCUGUAUUCCGGGUCUAUUCGAGUUGGUCAAAAACUCUUUGCUCUUAAACCAAAAUAUGAUCCCACAUAUCCGGAAAAGUAUUGCACCGAAUUCACGGUACAAAACUUAUACAUGUUAAUGGGGCGAGAACUUGAAUUACUUCAGGAAGUUCCCGCAGGAAAUGUGUUUGGGAUCGGUGGGCUAGAGGGCCAUAUCUUAAAGAAUGGUACCUUGAGCAGUACUAAAUCAUGCAAGAGUCUGGCUGGUGUAGCGCUUGAAUCUGCACCUAUUGUUCGCGUGGCGCUUGAACCUACAGAACCAUCUGAAAUGCCAAAACUUAUUGAAGGUCUUCGUCUUCUUAAUCAAGCUGAUCCGUGUGUCGAAAUUCUUGUCCAAGAAACUGGUGAACACGUGAUUCUCACUGCUGGCGAAGUCCAUCUUGAGCGUUGCCUCAAAGAUUUAAAAGAUAGAUUUGCAAAGAUAGAAAUUCAAGUUUCUCCUCCAAUUGUUCCGUUCAGAGAAACAAUUGUAAACGCCCCAGAAAUACAGUCUAUCAAAGAUAAAGAUCCCAAUAUCCCACAUGGCCUAAUUACAUUACAAACAACGAAUAAAUAUUGUACUCUUAAAGUGCGUACAGUACCCUUACCUUCUAACGUGACCUCAUUCUUGAACGAGAAUGCAAUCACAGUCAAAGCCAUGUUAGAAGAACGACAGUGGCGCAAUAAAUCCGAUCUUUUGGCCGGAGAAGAAGAUGAAGAAGCGUUAAAAGAAGUGGCAAUAAAAAAGGAACGUGUUUUACCGCCUGAAGAAUUCUUUGAGCUUUUGGAAGCAGAGUUUGAGAAAGCUUCUGAUAAGGAUAUUUGGAAAGACGUAGUCGAGAACAUAUGGGCGUUCGGUCCAAAACGCGUCGGUCCUAAUCUUUUAAUUAAUCAUGUACCUAAUUACAUUCGAAAAUCAUGGCGCAGAAGUCUCAUCGACUCAAAGCUCUCCAACUCAACACAAAAUGGCAGCUUAGGAAUUCCUGCAGGCGGUGGUGAAACAUUAAGUGAAAAUAUCAAUAACAAGCAAUUGACAAUAAAAGAUUUCGAAGAAGCUGUUCAUACAGGUUUUCAAUUGGCCACCAAAGCUGGUCCACUUUGUGCUGAACCGUUGAUGGGAGUCGCAUAUUUUGUCGAGGACUUUUUAAUAGAUACUGAAAAUGCAAGUUGGGAACUAUCCGAAGUGCGCUCUAAAAUAGGUGGUCAAGUAAUGACCACAAUGAGAGAUGCAUGCAGACAAGGAUUCCUGGAGUGGUCACCAAGAUUAAUGUUGGCAAUGUAUUCGUGUGAUAUUCAAGCUACAACUGAGGUUCUUGGCAGAGUUUACGGCGUAAUAUCUCGGCGACGUGGUCGAAUCACUUCGGAAGAGUUGAAAGAAGGCACUCCGUUCUUUGAAGUACAUGCUCUUAUGCCGGUUAUAGAAAGUUUCGGAUUUGCUGAUGAAAUACGAAAAAGGACUUCUGGUGCUGCUAGUCCUCAAUUGAUAUUUAGCGGAUUCGAGAUGCUUGACGAAGAUCCGUUUUGGGUACCGACUACUGAAGAGGAAUUGGAAGAUCUUGGGGAAAAGUCUGAUCGUGAAAAUCUUGCUAAAAAAUAUAUGGAGAGAGUUCGUAAGAGAAAGGGCAUGUUUGUCGAGCAAAAAAUAGUGGAACAUGCUGAAAAGCAAAGGACGAUCAAGAAACGAUAA